AUGGGCGGACAGGGUCGAGAUUAUGAACAAAGCCCAUCUCCCACCCCGCCGUACCUCAACAACCCUUCACUUUCUCAAUGCAACUUACAAAAGAAAACAAAUGUGCUCGUGAUGAGUCUGGUUGUUAUCGCCUUUGCUGUUUCCGCACUGUUGGCCUGGAUAACCACGUUUGCCCACCUCAUCCUCUCUCAUUACCCAAAACCUCGGCGCACAAAUACAAUCGACCAAUUCGUAACAGCGCACCUCGGAAAUUGGGUUCGAUCACACGUAAAGAACCCAGAUGUCUUCGCGGACUGUUUUUUCCGUGUCACCCUGACGCUGAGUGAUCAACAAGUCGUAACCGGUAUCGCCAUUAUGAUCGCCGGUCUCAAACUUUUAGCAGAAAACCAUAUCAGCAUCUAUCACUUCUCCGUCGUACGUGAGCUAGCAUUCUUCAGCUCGAAUGCACACCUGCUCUCACUCAUAUCGCUCUGGGCCUACCUCUCCAGCGACCGCAAGCGCUAUAGGACAACCGGAAGAUAUCGACGGAUCCCAUUGGCUUUCUCGACCAAAUGGAGGCUUGUUUGCUUCUUUGCAUUCUUCGUCUUGUUCCUCACUGUUACCUGGAUGGGUGCCGACAGGGACUGGGAUAAUGAAUUCGGAUGUCCCGUGAAGUGCGCAUCGCAUAAUGUAAAGGACUUCGGGGGGCAGCCACUCGGCUGGGCGAUUGCUAUCACAUACCUCCUGUUCACUGGAUACACUUUCUACGCCUUGCAAUUAGGUGAAGCUCUUGUUGACCGUAACAAGACUGUGCGACGAUGGAUAAUCGCGAAGUGGUCAUCAGUCGAUGACAAGGUUACAAGACGUAUCGCGCGGUCGUCUAUCUUGCUGAAACUCUUUCAUGGGCUGAAGACUAUUGCAUACGCGUGGAGGAUGUAUGUGUACUCUGAUGCCAUGGAAUUACUCACCAUGCUCGGAUGGUACACGGCAAACCUUUACUGGCUGAUCGAAGACAAGAAGGAGGGGUCACGGUGGAUGUCAGAUGAGCAGUGGACGAUUGAAAAUGAGUACGGAUUCGGGCAGAUUGUACCUUUGGUUCUACUGGUUUUGCCGAUAAUGACGUUCCUGGAGGCAUAUUAUGGUAAGAAGCCUAUGCACUGGUUUCGAUCCUGGCUAAUGGUACCUUUGUAG